UGGCCGCACAGGGAAUGCUCACGUUGCCUUGCAGACCCGGCUGAGAGGAAGGAAUUUGCCCGACGGUGUCAGCAAGGCUUUGGGGAACUUCUCUCUCGUCUGGUGAUCGAGAACCCGAAACGAAUUCCUCUUCCCAGCAUUGCUGAGCCCGUGGAGUAGGGAUUUGUCUUCCCGAUGGAUGGCCCCAGCUGGCUGGGCGCUGCGCUCUUCCUCGGGGUACAGCUCCGAGCACUGUGGCCAGUAGCAGCCAUGGAAAUCCACACUGCCAAGGAGGUCUACGCUGUGAACGGCACCAACCAGCGGCUGAAGUGCACCUUUUCCAGCAGCAGCCCCAUCAGCCCAGACCUGUCUGUCACCUGGAACUUUCAGCCUGAGGACCUGAGCUCUCAUGAGCCAGUGUUUUAUUACCUGAAGGAGCCCUACGAGCUGCCCGCUGGGCGGUUUAAAGACCGAGUCACCUGGGAUGGGAAUAUAGAGAGAAAUGAUGCUUCCAUCAUCAUCUGGAACUUGCAGCCCACUGACAACGGGACCUUCACCUGCCAGGUGAUGAACCGACCAGAUUUUUAUGGCACAGUGGGUGAAGUGCGGCUCAGAGUUGUGCAGAAAGUGCCCUUCUCAGAAAUCCACUUCCUGGCGGUGGCCAUUGGGUCUGCUUGUGUCCUGAUGAUCAUCGUGGUGACAGUUCUGGUCCUCUGCCGACAGCGCCGGAAGAAAGCGCAGGAGAAGGGGACGGAGGAGUCAGACACAGAACUAAGAGAAAAGGAGAAUCUGCAAAAGGUAGAAGAGGAGGAAGCCAGUCCAUUAGAAGAUUAGAGGUCUUUGAUGGUAUAUACGAUGCAGUGUUUCUUCUUAGGUACUUCUAAAGCAGAUGGUGAAAGCUUGUAAUUUUGGAGGCUAGAACAAAGCUGAACUACAGAUGCCUCCUGCUGCAAGUGUGGUAUCCCUGCUCAACCUGAAAUUCUUGCAAGGAGAGAAGAUGAUAUUAACAUAUGUUGUCAAUUUCCUGCAUUCAAGCAAAGCAGGAGGAACAAGGAACUCUCCUUAAUCUUCACACCUGCAGAAGGUGAAGAAAGCUGCUCUGAAGAUGAAAAAAUACAAAAAGAUUUGAACAAAAUACCAAGAGAGCAGACUGAA